GACUCCCUCCAGAAAGAGCUUUCCUAUGUCGUCGCUGCCUUGUCGGCUUUGAGCCUGUGCAUAUCCAGCGGGGUGGUGACUCUGACGGCCUACAUGCAGUCCCAUGUACUGCUGGGCCUGCACAAGAGUCUGGACUGCUGGUGCUGCGACAUCGCCAACAAUCCAGACUUCGAAGCCGGUGUGCAAAAUUGGAAUGCCAUGCAGGCUCUCCUGAAGUGCGUCGGCCGUGAGUUGGCCAACAGCUUCCUGCUGCUGAAUGCGAUGGCCGUCGUCGGCUUGGCGUGCUUCCUCACCAGUUGCGCGACGAUUGUGCUCAGCGAUGAAAGCAGCCGCCUAGCACUGCUCGCCGAGGGUCUUCCCUCGCUUCCUUUGCUCUUCAUUUUCCUGUUGAGCAUGCGAGUUUUUGCACAUGCCGCAGCCCUCACAGAGAAGUGCCGAUCGAUACCAGCCUUCGUGAAUCAAAUACCGACUCCAAAUUGCUGCGAUCCGAGCCGGCAGUAUUUGGUGACCUACAUCGCAGACAGUGCCGCUGGCUUCUCCGUGUUGAACAUGAAG